GGCCAAGAGGUAAGGGAAGAGGUGGAAGGGAUGAACCAUCUGCUCGGACGCGCCGCAGUUCACAUUCCUCGCACCGCCGCGGCGAAUCGGGGACGGAGAGGAACCAUGGAGGCGGCCAUCUCGAAUCCGCCGAGCAAGAGGAUCGCGCUGGUUACCGGAGGCAACAAGGGGGUGGGGCUAGAGACCUGCAGGCAGCUCGCGUCCCGGGGGCUCAGGGUCGUCCUGACUGCGAGGAACGAGGCGAAGGGGUUGGAUGCGGUCGACGGCAUCAGGCGCCCCGGCGCCGGGGACUCUGAUGUCGUAUUCCAUCAGUUGGAUGUCACCGACCCUACCAGCGUUGCCCGACUGGCUGAUUUUGUUAGAGAUCAGUUCGGCAGGCUCGACGUCUUGAUCAAUAACGCAGGAAUUUCAGGUGUUGAUCGGGACCCAGUUUUGGUUGCCAAAGUUAAAGAUCAGAUCGAAGGCAUGGAUGUAGAUCAGAGAGUUGAAUGGAUGAGAGAAAAUUCAAAAGAGACUUACGAUGAAGCCAAAUCAUGCAUUACAACAAACUACUAUGGUGCCAAGCUUGUCACAGAGGCAUUACUUCCUCUUCUUCUGUUAUCCUCCUCGGGAAGAAUUGUCAACGUAUCGUCAGGAUUUGGACUACUGAGAAACUUCAACAAUGAAGACCUUAGAAAGGAAUUUGAUGACAUCGACAAUCUUACUGAAAAGAGAUUAGAGGAGCUGUUGGAUCUGUUCCUAGACGAUUUCAAGGCGAGCUUAAUUGAAGCACAUGGUUGGCCAACCGGUGGAUCUUCAGCCUACAAAGUUGCCAAAGCUGCCCUUAAUGCAUACACAAGGAUUCUUGCCAAGAAAUACCCUACACUACGUAUUAACUGUUUGACACCUGGUUAUGUCAAGAGUGAUAUGUCAAUGCACAUGGGAGUACUGACACCUGAGGAGGGUGCCAGUAACCCUGUAAAGGUAGCUCUAUUGCCUGAUGAUGGCCCAACUGGUGCUUAUUUUGAUCGGAAUGGUGAGGCAUCUUUUGUGUGAUUGUAUCAUAGAUUUAUAUACUAUUUAGAGUAAAUUGUCCCCAACAAACAACGUAGUUUGACUUGUGCUCAAGCCGGUACAGUAGAACUCUACAUCAAUAUCCAUGAUUUCAUAUACUUUUCCUCUAUAUUCUCUAGAAAUGGUUGCAACAAACCGUGUCUGGAUGGAAGCAUGCCGCGGUUUAAAUAUUGUUGCAUGACUGCUUAAGGACAGAACAGAAACCGUGGUA